UACAAAUCUAUUACAUUUAUUGAGGAUGGCUGACAAAGGAGGGGCACCAGCCGGUGAAGAAAAACGUACAUCAACUAUACAGAUAAAAAUUAUUCAGGCUAAGAAUCUAGCAUUACAGCGAGGUGUCAAAGGAGAUGCAGUAACUGCGUACGCUAGAGUAGAGUUUGGCAAGACCCUUGGAGAAACGAACAAGGCUGAAAUCGGACCUGAUGGAAUUACAAAGUUCAAUUUUAAUGCCAGUAUUGAAGUUAAUUUAGAUGAUCCGUCAGCUAUAGAUGAAAUAUGUCACAGGCUAGUCCUGUUUCACGUGAUUGAAGUGUUGCCGAAGGAGAAAAAGGCAAGGGAAGAGAAGACUGCUCCAAUUGGUCAAGGUGUUCUAGAUCUCUCAUCUCUUCUCAAAGGUGAGAAUGGGUUCACUCAGGCUGUUGUAAUCCAUAGUGGGACAACAGCUGAAAAUGUUGCUGCGAACACUGGUCAGAAUAUCCUUCAGCCGGAGUUACAGGUUGAAGUAACAGUAACGAACCCGUUAGUCUCAGCUGAAGUGUACGGGGUUAGUAACCACAUGACCAUCCGUGUGGACAGUGUUUACUCACUACCGGAAACUUGGCAGCCGUCCAAUAACGCUACACACAAUUUCAACGCAGUAAUGACAGUGCCUCUAAGUGACACAGUUGAUGUUAGCGUAAAUGCCGGAGCUGGGUCUAUAAGGCCUGCUCCCGAGAAAAAUAUGGAUAUCUCGAGCCCACAAAAGGUAAUACCGCGACGUUUUGCGUCCAGUAAUGGUCUGACAGGAGCAGUGGUUCACAUUCCUAGCUCAAGUGUGGAGGGUUAUGUUUACGAGGAGGAGGAUGGGGAUUUGCGGGUCAAAGAGCACCACAGUUUCCGAAAGGAAUCAGAAGCUGACAAAGCUCGAGUUACUUGGAACUCGGAGAGAAACGUAUUCCUUCUUCCCUCUGCUACAGAAACAUUGCAGGAGAGAAUUGCCAAAUGUAGAGCCUGGCCCAUGGAAAUCUUCAGAUCGAGUUUGUCCUCUGGAGCAAAGAAAGGGAAGGACGACGACACCGCCACCUCGUGUCAUGGAAUAGCCUGGGUUAACCUGGCACCACUUCUCUACCCGGGGGUUACCCGUAUCAAGGGAGCUGCUCUCAUACAUCCGUACAUUGAAAGUGAAGUACUUGAGAGGACUAAGAAGACGACCAGAUCGGGGACAGUAUCAGGUGAAGAUAGUGGACAGCAGCGAGUCAGUAGCGGGGGCAGCCGACGGGGGGUUAGCAGCGCUAAAAAGGGGGCUAAGGACAGCAAGAAAGCAGCCAAGGAACCAGUCGAGGGAGCAGAAGAGCCUAAGAACCAGGAAGCUCAGAUCUACACAGAAGCCAGAAGUUAUGUAGUUGUGGAGAUCGUUCUGGAGAAGCCACUUGUUUCGAAGAGACCGCCCGAGCAACUCGCUGCUAAGGUAGCAGAAUACAUUCCAAAACGGUCUUCACUAACUAAACACCACUGUGGAGCGGACGAAGCUGUCUCAGAAUAUCACAAACAGAUCGGAGACGUGGCUAACUUAGUGCUGAACGAGUACCGACAGAAGUUCGGAGUCUCAAACGAAUCCACAGAGUCAGACGAAGUUUCAGAUGAAAGGAAGAGAUCACUGAUUUACGACCUUAACUCCUCCGGCAAAUACUUUGCCUUCAAGGAACAACUGAAGCAGAGCGUGGUUAAAGUUGUAAGAGAGAAGUUUUUCAAAACAUCAGCUUUUCAGAAAGAGGAAGAACUGCAUCAGUUCCUCAGUGAACUGUACGUAUUCUUGAUCGAACAGAUGCACAAGGGUGUAUCCCAGGUGUUUUCUCUCCAGAACAACGCCGCCCCACUCCCCUCACCCCUUGACCAGAACUCUCUUGUUCACUUUGCUAAAGAGGCGGAACUUAACCAGAACUACGAACUGGCUGCUCGUUACUAUCAGGAGAGGUUAGCAAUGGAUCAGAACAGUAGCUCGUCUUGGUUUGAUUACGGCUGUUUCUCUCUUCUCGUGGGGAAUGUUUCCAAAGCUGGGGAGUGCUUCAGAGAGUGUUUGGGACUGGACCAGAACUACAUUCUUGCACUGCUGAUGUACGGUAUCGUCUGCGUUAUGGAGGAACGAUAUGAUGUAGCAGAAACGUUCUUUGAAGACUCCACGUGCGUUCAGCCCGACAAUUGCCUGGCCUGGACGGUGUUAGGACUUUUCUACGAUACACGUGACAAUGAUAUCGGAGCUGAGAUGGCGUUUUUGGAGGCGAACAAGCACUUCAACAGAGACGACAGUUCUAUCUUCCUCGCCAGCGCGGCUACUUUGUUAGAACUGCACGCUUACAGUCUGGUAGAAAGUGCGCUAUCACACGAACUUCUUUCCUCUCCCAAAACUCUGAAUCAGGAAUACUACCUCCUCCUCGCUAAACUACACAUGGCUAAAGGAGAGCUGACCGAAGCUGAGAGUUAUGUUAAACAGGCCACUGUUCUGAACCAUACCAAUCCUGCUGGUUGGGCUUUACUUGGACAUAUUCUCUAUCUUGGCGGAGAAUCAAAAGGAGCCCGAGACAACUACGAACGUACACUAUCUUACGAGACUCCUGCUCCGGACACACACUCUAUACGUCUCAGACUGGCCAGCAUCUAUCUGCAGUUACAGCAGUACGGUGCUGCUAAACAGAUGUUCUUGUUAGCGUGUAGGGACUCUCCUAGCUGCAUCACCUGGUUAGGAGUCGGAAUCUCCUGUUACAGACUUGGUGAACUAAGUGAAGCUGAACAAGCCCUCUCGGAAGCUAACAUUCUCAACAAUACUGAUCCGGAAGUUUGGGGCUAUUUAUCUCUUGUGUGUCUUAAAACUAGCAGGAAACUAGAAGCGGAACAGUCAUACAAGUACGCGCUAAGAGUAGGACUAAAAGAUGUCGAUCUCCUAGGAGAAAUCAAGUCGAUUCAGAAGGAAGUUGGCUUUGGAGAUGCGGGCUUUUAGCCGAAAGAGAAUUUAAAGACAAGUAAUUUAGAGUUUGUUUAUAAAUGGACGAAUUUGUAGAGGCGACAGAGAGAUGAUUUAGUAGAAGGAGUAACCCCGGACUAAACUGAGAUUGAGGCACUCCCAAAAUUUUCUUGAGCGGUCUCGAUUGAGAAAAAGGAUGGUAUGUUUUGAAAUGAACUUUCGUUUUCUCUUCGUAGUCAGCUACGGGGGGGGGGGGGGGAGGGGGGGAGGGGGGACCUCCCCCCCCCCCCCCUUCGGUGUUUUAUUCCACGCAACAGUAUUGCUGUUGAGAAUGAUCCUCUUUCUGGAUCGUGAAAAGAUUUUGUUGAUGGUUAUUUAUAUCACGAUGUACAUAAUAUGAUCAGAUAUUUAUUGAAUUUGUCUAA